UCAUCCAAGGUCUUGAUAAGUGCUGCUUUUCUUUUUACAAUGCAAAAAUCCCAGUAAAGCAGAUUGAGAGUUAUCAUACUACACAUCUUGAAUGCCACAGGACUGGUAUCAUUUUCAUCACAAAAGCUCAAAGGGAGAUCUGUGCUGACCCGACAGAGAGAUGGGUUCAGAUGGCGAUGAACAUGGUGGACUUACGUGCAUCACAUCUUCACACCAAACCUGAGAGGAAAGCAUCAGGGUCAGUCAGAACAUCAGAAACUACACCACUCCACCAACCAGAGGAAACAACUCUAGUCCUCUUCAAAGAGUCACAUGACCAGAAAGCAUCAGAGUCAGUCAGAAUGAUAGAAACUACACCACUCCACCAGCGGAAGGAAAUGUGUCUAGUCCACUUUGAAGAGUCACAUGACUGAUCCACUCACUUCUGCAUGCGGCCAGGAUGAGAAUAACUACAGCAUUUCUUAUCUACAGUAUGUUGAGACAUCAGGACCAAGGAAACCAUGACAUCUGUU